AGGGGACAAGAGCCAAGAAUUUCGGGUGGUGACAGACGACGACGCUAGUGCUGAACACUGAUCUUUCAUCGCAUUACCAUGGACAAGUACCGCAAGGUGAUGAAGCCGAAGGAGGACAUCCAGAAGACUGAUGAGGAGAUCCGUGUCACAGCUGCUGGCAGCGUGUCCGCGUACGUUUCCCGUGCGGCCACCGUGUUCAACGAGCUCAAGAAGCCCUAUGUGAUCGUGCAAGCCACUGGCAAUGCCUUGACCAAAGCAGUGACUGCCGCAGAGGUCAUCAAAAGGCGUUUCAAGGGCCUGCACCAAAUCACAGAGCUGAAGACAGUUGAAAUUGUUGACGAGUACGAGCCACUGGAGGAAGGAUUGGACAAGGUCACCGACGUCCGCAACGUCUCGGUGGUGGAGAUCAAGCUUUCCAAGGAGCCUUUAGACACCAGCGACAAGGGCUACCAACCGCCCUUGGACGAGUCCCUGGUGAAGGAAUUCGACGCAGAGGACAUGGUGCGUGGCAGAGGACGGGGUCGUGGCCUUUCGAAAGGUCGUGGCAAGGGCGGUGGCCGAGGGAAAGGCAAAGGCAAGGGCCGUGGUGAGGGUAAAGGGAAAGGCAAAGGCUCCAGCAAAGGUGCCAGCAAAGGCAAAGGGAAAGGCAAGAGCAAAGGGAAAGGCUCCUCCAAGGGCAAGUAUGAGGAGGACUACGGAACCUCAAAGAGCAAAGGCAAGGGGAAGGGCAAGAGCAAGGGGAAGAGCGCAAGCCGGUAUGACGACUACGAUGAACCCAAGGGCAAAGGCAAAAGCAGCAAGGGCAGCAAGGGCAGCAAGGGCAAAGGCAAAUCCAAGAGUAGCUCAUGGGAGGACUCUUACUCUGCACCCAAGUCCAAGGGCAAAGGCCGCUCCUAUGAUGAUUGGGGGUAUGAGGACAAGAGCUACGGCAGGUCAAAGGGCGGAGGAAAGAGCUCCUAUGACAGAUCCUAUGGCGACUCUUGGAGCAAGGGCGGAUCUGGCAAGAGCAAGGGAAAAGGCAAGAGUGGCAAGGACUCUGGUCGGACAUGGGGUUACAGUUAUUGAACUCGGCUUUGCCUGUGGAUGCGCCCACAAAAGAGCCACAAAUGUUCGCCAUUGUAUUUUAUCGCCGUGCCUUCGUUGGUGGAGGCAAAAGGCAUAUUCUUUUGGUGUGAGGACUCCAUUCAAGACAAUGGCCCAUGCCCUGCGAGAAAAGGUGGGCACCACUCUGCAAAGUUCUGGUUGGUGUUUUGGCGUGGGUGUGGGCGUGGUCUACGGC